AUGUUUCUUACAUCUUCGAACGCAUACUUUUGUGAUUCGUAUUCAUGCUCGUUUGCAAGACAAACUAUCCAAAGUUCAUCGGUGAUUGUCCUCGAAGGUGCAAAUUCAGGAGAAUCAACAACAGAAAUAGCGAAAGGUGAUAUUAAUUCUGUUUCCAAGACGGAAUUAUCGAAACUAUUUACUAAACCAACAACGCAACAUGAGCUACGCCAUUAUCCAUCGUUAUCCUCACAAAGUCAUUCACCAUCGCCCGAUCAACAAAUCACAAUACCUUCAGGUAAGAAGGCAAAAAGGAGAGCAAAGCGACGAUCACAACGACAAAGACUUAUCCAAGAAAAAGAAUUAAUCUUUAAACAACAAUCACUAUUACUAUCAGCCGCGAAAUCACAAUAUCGUGAAGGGAUGACGUUAGGUGAACUACAUGAGGAAUAUUCAAGUGAGAAGCCUUAUCAGAAUUGGAAACCAUUAUCGUUUGAUCAAUCUUUUGAACUCUGUCAAUAUGCAUGGGAUAAAUACCACAAAAAAUGA